AUUAGCAGCCAUGCGCGGCCAGGAGGAGCCAGGGCCUGCGCGCACAGCGACCGCGUGCGGGUGCGUGAAGCCGGCCCUAGAGACAGGGAAGCUUUUAACUGAGCCGAUAGGCUACUUGGAAUCGUGUUUCGUGGCCAAGAAUGGCACUCCGAGGCAACCGUCCAUUUGUAGUCAUUCGCGUGCCUGCCUGAAGAUCAGAAAGAGCGUCUUCAACAACCCUGAGCAUUCCCUGAUGGGUUUAGAACAAUUUUCUCAUGUUUGGAUUUUGUUUGUUUUUCACAAAAAUGGUCAUCUGAGCUGUAAGGCAAAGGUGCAGCCCCCGAGACUGAAUGGGGCGAAGACUGGGGUCUUCUCCACCAGAAGCCCGCACCGUCCCAACGCCAUCGGUCUGACCCUGGCCAAGCUGGACAAGGUGGAAGGUGGAGCUGUCUACCUUUCUGGAAUUGACAUGAUACACGGCACGCCAGUACUCGACAUAAAGCCCUAUAUAGCUGAUUAUGACUCACCACAGAGUUUGGUGGUGCCUGUAGGGGACUGUGAGUCACGGAAUGACCAGCAGAUGCCUGAGCCUCCAUCCCAAUGUGAUGGUGAGACUGACUGCUGCGCCAGGGGACAGCCCCCAGGGUGUGAGGCCCCAUGGCCCUGCCACACCCUAGAGGAGAGUCCCAGCCAUCUUGGCCACAGUACUCCGGAACCACAUCAUCUGGAAUCCAGUGGCCCAGCAAGACUCCUGCAGCCCAGGCCUGGACACAGGAACCCCACAGGAGGCUCAGGUUUGGAAGGACGAGAUGGCCAAUGUGUGAGCGGUGAUCGAGGUGUGAGCACAGUGGAGGUGCUGAGUGGCCCACAUGGUGGACUAAGCAAGAGCUUUGCAGAGGAUGGGACAGCGCCAGGGCCAAGGAGCACAGAAGGAGCCGUGUUCCUACAGGGAGGCUGUGCGGAUGCGACACGGGCUGGGACUCCCUGCCCUGCUGGGACACCUGCUUCAGCUCCCUGCGGCAGUGUAGUCCCUGCCUGGGUGAGGGAGGCCCCCACGGCCACCUUGCACGUCCGCUUUACUCCCCACGCAGAGCAGGAUCUCAUGCAACUGGGGUCAGGAGGCGAGCCAGGUGUCGGCCAGGCGUCAUUUAAGUACUUCCGGUCAGCGAAGGAAGCCAAGUGCGCCAUCGAGGCCGUGCUGGCUGCUGAUCCCCGGUCUGUGUACCGCCGCCAGCUCUGCCAGGACCGUCUUUUCUUCUUCACCGUGGAUGUGGCACAUGUCACCUGCUGGUUUGGCGAGGACUUUGUGGAGGUCCUGAGGGUCAAGCUGGCUGCUGGGCCUGUUCCCUUGGUUGGGGAUACCUCAGUGGCCCUGCCAUCGGCCUCUGUCUCAUCCUGAAGGCAACUUUGUUGACAUUAGGAAGUGGCUGCCGGAUUUUCUGUUCAGCCAUCUGCUUUGAUGGGGAUAUUCAAAAUGCUAUUUAAAAAAUAAUAAUAAUAAACUUCAUUGAGAGGUAUAAAAUGCAGAAAAAUG